AUGGAGCCCAACGAUAAUAAACCCCCUCCCCAUCCCCAUGAGGAGGAGGAGUAUGUCAGAGGAUACCAGCUACAGGACAUACCUCUCGACAGGAACUCUAGAGACGAACAAUCUGCACCUCUGCAACAGGAUGCCUCCCAUGGCUCCUCUUCUCAUGAUGACUAUUACCUUGAGCCAAAAGGCCCAAUCUCUCCAUACUCACCAGCGUCAGGCCCUGGGGGUUAUUAUGACAGCACGCAAACUUUGGGCGUGUAUCACUACCCCAGUGCCGACCCCCAUUCUCCGACUCCGGAUGCAGAGGAAUGGGGCAAGGGCAGCUUUAGCAACAACAGCUGGAGGUUUUCUAGACCUCCGUCCUCAUUUGGCGGCUUCAAUGACACUACUUGGGCCGAACGUCAGCAGCAACCGGGCACACGCUUGAGCGGUGCUGGCGAUGGUCUCCGCCGCCGCCCCACGAGGAAGAUCAAGCUCAUUGAAGGUCGGCAGGGACCGGUCCUCAGCACCAACUAUCCCGUCCCCAGCGCCGUCAAGAAUGCCGUGGAGCCUCGCUACAUGGAGGAGGGUACGCAUGAAGAGUUUACAGAGAUGCGAUACACGGCAGCCACCUGUGAUCCCAACGAGUAUACCCUGCUCAACGGAUAUACGCUGCGCCCGCGCAUCUACAAUCGGCACACAGAGCUCAUGAUUGCCAUUACGUACUACAACGAAGACAAGGUCCUCUUUGCCCGAACGUUGCACGGUGUGAUGCAAAACAUUCGCGAUAUCGUCAAGCUGAAGAACUCGACCUUUUGGUCCAAGAGCGGACCGGCCUGGCAGAAAAUUGUCGUGUGUAUAAUCUUCGAUGGUAUCGAGAAGGCCGACAAGAGCGUCCUCGAUGUGCUCGCCACGAUAGGAGUUUUCCAGGACGGUGUCAUCAAAAAGGAUGUUGGUGGCCAAGAAACCGUGGCUCACAUCUUUGAAUACACCAGUCAGCUUUCCGUCACACCCAACCACCAGCUCGUCCGGCCCAACGCCGAGAAUCCCAAAUCAAACCUGCCACCCGCACAAUUCAUCUUCUGUCUCAAGCAAAAGAACAGCAAAAAGAUCAACUCGCAUCGAUGGCUCUUCAACGCUUUUGGUCGCAUCUUGAACCCGGAAGUCGCCAUCCUCAUCGACGCUGGUACAAAGCCGGGGCCUCAAUCGCUGCUGGCCCUCUGGGAAGGUUUCUACAACGAUAAGCACCUUGGCGGUGCUUGUGGUGAGAUCCAUGCCAUGCUGGGUCACCGAGGAAACAAGCUCUGGAAUCCACUCGUUGCCGUGCAAAACUUUGAGUACAAGAUUUCCAACAUUUUGGAUAAACCGUUGGAAUCCUCCUUUGGUUACGUCUCCGUCUUGCCUGGUGCCUUUUCUGCAUACCGAUACCGCGCCAUUAUGGGCAGGCCCCUGGACCAGUAUUUCCACGGAGAUCACACGCUUUCCCACGGCAAAAAGGGCCUUGAAAGCAUGAACAUUUUCAAAAAGAACAUGUUCCUUGCCGAGGACAGAAUUCUUUGUUUUGAACUGUUUGUGAAAUCCGGACAAAAGUGGCAUCUCUCGUAUAUCAAGGCGGCCAAGGGAGAAACAGACGUGCCCGAGGGCGCCGCCGAGUUUCUCAGUCAACGUCGCCGAUGGCUCAACGGAUCUUUUGCCAUGUCGCUCUACUCCCUGCAGCACUUUGGCCGUCUGUACAAAUCCGGGCACAACAUCAUUCGCAUGUUCUUCCUCCACAUUCAGUUCUUGUACAACUUUGCCAAUGUCUUCUUCAGUUGGUUCUCGCUCUCCUCGUACUACCUCACCACCUCCGUCAUUAUGGAUCUUGUCGGCACGCCCGUCGAGGCCACCGGCACCCACGGUUGGCCCUUUGGCGACACGGCCAGUCAGAUCAUCAACGUCGUACUCAAAUGGAUCUACCUGAUUUUCCUCAUCAUCCAAUUCAUUGUGGCGCUGGGAAAUCGACCCAAAGGUUCGCGACACACGUAUAUUGCCUCGUUUGCAAUCUUUGCUAUCAUCCAGGCCUACAUCAUUGUGCUCUCGUUUUACCUAGUCUACAAGGCGUUGCGAACACCGCUGGGAGAAGACAUCAACACGACGUCUGGUCAGGCCUUCUUUGAAAGUAUAUUUGGCGAUCAGGGCAUCACCGGAGUCAUUCUUAUUGCUCUGAUUACAAUUUACGGUCUCAACUUCUUGGCAUCCUUCCUGUCGCUGGAUCCCUGGCACAUGUUCCACUCGUUCCCCUACUAUCUCGUUCUCCAGUCGACCUACAUCAACAUCCUAAUGGUGUACGCCUUCAGCAACUGGCACGACGUGUCUUGGGGUACCAAGGGAUCCGACACGGCCGACAAGCUGCCCUCUGCCGCCAUUAGCAAGGACGCCUCGGGACCGCGCAUCUACGAAGAAGUCGAGCGCCAACAGGACGACAUUGACACGCAGUUCAAGCGCACCGUGUACCGGGCUCUCGCGCCCCUCGAGCCCGAGGUGGAGGAGGAGAGCAAGGACAAGGAGGACUCGUACAAGUCUUUCAGAACGCGUCUCGUGGUAUCCUGGAUUGUUUCCAACUUGAUCUUGUGCAUCAUUGUCACUUCCAACGAGUUUGAAUUCUUGGGCGUUCAGGAAGCAUCAAUCAAGCGAACCCCCACUUACUUCCGAGUCCUACUCUUUUCAACUGCGGCCCUUGCAACGAUUCGUUUCUUGGGAUUCCUCUGGUUCUUUGGCAGGACACUCAUCAGAAGCUUGUUCAACAAGAAAUAA